UUUUUUUUUUUCCCUUAACUUCCCUCCUUUACUGAUUUAAAAAAACUUUUCUUUCCUUUUUUUUUUUUGUUUCUUUUUUUCUUUCUUUUCCUUCCCACACAAUGUCGACAAAAGUAGUGCCAACCAGUAACACUACUAUGACAGUCUCUCAAACUGAUUUAGCAACACAGAAUGAUCAAUUAUGGUCUAUCAUUACAAAACAACGUAAUGUCAUUAAAGAUUUGGAACAAGCACUUGCUAAUAUGACCAAAGACCGUGACUCUUUAUUACUUGCAAAGAAACAACAACCUUCUCCUUCUCAAGAACCGGUUCCUCCUCCUCGUUCUCCUUAUCGUCAACAUCAUCAUACUCAUGACGGUUCGGCUAUUAUUCCAACUAUAUCAACAACUAUUGCUAAUAAUACUCGAUAUCGUUCUUGUUCUUCAAUCACUAGUGCACUUGACUCUUCAACUUCUAAUAAUUCAACUUUAUCUUCACCUAUUCAUGCUAUUAUGGAUAAAGAUGCUCAAUUAUUUGCAAAAUAUCAACAAGCAAUCAAAAAACUCGAUACUACCUCAACAUCUUCUUCUUCUUCUUUUAUUAAAUCUGAUCCAUUAAGUUCUUCACCUAUUGAACAACAACAUCCUAUCACUCGUCGAGCUUUUUCUCAGCCUCAUUUAAUCACUUCAACCAAUGAACAACAUGCUUUUUUUGCUAAUAUCUCUAUCAAGGUACUGGAUACAACUAUUCAAAAAAAUUUAAAAGGAAAAGAAAUACUAUCUUUUAUUAUCUCUAUACGCGGCUUUACUUCUUCUUCUUCUUCUUCUUCUAUUUUAAUCAAUCCGACUUCCGAUGAUGAUGAUGAUGAUGAUGAAUUAUGGAGAAUUAAAAAGGUUUACUCAGACUUUUUGGCUUUGGAUACUUUGCUUCGAUCUCAAUAUAGAUCUCUUUCCAAUCAUCAUGCUUCGAAAAUGGGAAAAUUACCAGAUAAAUCUUUGUUUACAACUCAUGGUCAAAAUAACAAAAUGGACAAUCGAAAAGCUAUUGUUGAAAAGUAUUUAACACGUGCUAUACGACUCUCUCUCCCCGAAAUGACCGAUUUAGUUCAGUUCUUAUCUACUGAUAUCAUAGAUCAAGAAGGCAAACCUACUAAUACUACUACUUCUCCUCCAAAACCCCAAAAGAAGGGUUACUUAUCAUUACAAGAUAGUCGACAAGAAAUAUGGCAACCUCGUUUUUUUAUAUUACAUGGAUCAGUAUUAGAUUAUUACGAUACCAAAGGUGGCCUUUUGAUUGGAUCUAUUCAACUAUCGGAAACUCAUAUUACCAUGCAGCAAAUGCAAGAUGCAGCUCAAAACUCAACAUCAUCAUCUAGUCUUAUCAUCACAGAAAACAAACCAACAUCUACCACUCUUCAACAAUAUACCCUUUGUGCAGAUUCAGACAUCAAAUUGGACGAAUGGGCACAUGCACUCUCUCCGUUCACUCAGCCUACACCACAAGUCUCUCAAUCAACAUGCACCACCACUCAUUCUUUUACCAAACCUAGUAUGCGCCACAGAGUGUCAAAAGAUCAAAUCAAGCAACUUUCUGCAGCUCCCAUCUCUCCAGAAAAUCACAACAAUUAUGGAAAGUUUACCACACGCAAGUACAUUCAACCUACUUCCCCACAUUAUCACCCACAACGAUCAAAUUCUGAUACCUCUAUUCAUCCUGGUGAAUUCGAUGGAGGUGUUCGUAGAGCUAGUCAUACAUUCUAUCCACACAGUCCAAGUAUGAAUGAUACUCAAUCUUUACCUUCUUCGUCCACAGUGGAAACCUAUCGGAACACUCUUAGUGCAACUUGUACUCUUCCAAGAAGGGAUCAUCUUCGACAAAGGUCAAGUUUAGAUGCUAUCUAUUAUUCAAAUCAUCGACAACAAGAUAAUAAUCAAAAACAAUCCAUCUCUAUCUCUACAAUACCAACAAAGAAGAACUCUCCUUCUUGUCCUUCGUCUCCUUCUUCUGGUAAGAUACCAUCCACUAUACUAGGCAGUAUUGGAGAUGAUCCUUCUUAUGAUUCAACAACAACAACAACAAAAAAAAAAGUCAAAACAAAAACCAGUCGACGCACUUUUUGGCCACGCAAGAUAUUUUCAGGCAAUCAUCAACAUCAACAGCAAAAUGAUAUGGGUGUCUUACGUGGAUUCUUAUCGCGACAUUCCAGUGAUGAUUCUUCCUCUGCUUCUUCUGCUUCUUCUACAACUCAAGUAUCCAGGACAUCGACCAAUCAUAUGGAUCUUUUUAAUUCAUCCAGUUCGACUCAAUGUCAAGAUACUCCAGCUCCUUUAUGUCCUGUUUUCGGUGUCCCCUUGGAACAAGCUGUACGUAUCUCCAAGAUAGACGACAAUUACGAACUUCCUGCUGUUGUAUAUCGAUGUAUUGAAUUUUUGGAAACCAAGGAUGCUAUUUACGAAGAAGGUAUUUACCGACUUUCUGGUAGUGCUGUCAAGAUCAAGGCCUUACGAAGGGAAUUUGAUGAAAAGGGUGAUGUUAAUUUAUUGACAUCUGAAGAACAUCAAGAUUGUGAUGUCCAUGCUAUAUCUGGAUUACUGAAGCUUUGGCUUCGUGAAUUACCAAGCAAUGUAUUGACUCAAAACCUGUUGAAAGAAUUUCUUCCUGUCAUAGAUAUGGUAGAUAGGGAUGAAUGUAUUAAUGAAUUGGGUCGAUUGAUCUCCAUGUUACCACUUGCCAAUUAUACACUUCUUCGUGCACUGACGGCUCAUUUACUUCGUGUUGUCCAAAAUGCUGAUACCAACAAGAUGACUUUACGAAAUAUAGGCAUUGUUUUCUCACCAACAUUAGGUAUUCCCACAGGAAUCUUCAACCUUUUCCUUUGCGAAUUUGACUAUAUCUUUUGGACAAUGGAACAACAACAGAAACAGCAUCAACAACAAAAAUCGGCUACUUUAUUCCCUUCUCUUGAAACAAAACCAGAAUUAUUACAAGAACAACGGCAGAAAGAUAAUAAUACAAAUCCAAAUAAUACUCAAUCAUCCAUCACUGAUACCAUUCAUCCAACUCAGGUCAUUUCUCCAACUCCUCGACAUUCUUCGUGGCGACGUAACAGUAAUGGAAGAAGCAAUAGAAACAGUGUUCAAUAUUCGGGUGGUGCUCCUGAAUGUAUAGUGGGUAUGGAAAGACAAUGUCAAAAAGGCACAGUGGAUCAAGAAGAAGAAGAAGAUGAUGAUGAUGAUGACAACAGUAGUGGACAAGAUAUUGGUGAUGACAAUGAAAACAGCGUUAGUGAUGACGAUGAUGAUGAUGAUGAUAUGGAUGAUUUUGAUAAUCUUCCCGUACACGAUAUACCUCAUAGCAUAAUAGAAACUUGGAAAAUGACCAGUAGACCAGUUUCAUAAUAUUAUAUUUAUUUUUUUUAUUUUUAUUAUUUUUAUUAUUAUUAUUACUAUUAUUACUAUUAUUAUUAUUAUUAUUAUUAUUAUUAUU